CUGACGAUCACCAAUGUGUGGUUGGUGAAUUUGGCGAUAGCAGACCUGAUCUUCUGCUUCACACGAGUCUCCUCCCUCACUCGGCUGUUCUUGUCAGACCACUGGCCUUUUGGCCUCUUCCUCUGUAAGUUCACCGGCUUCUUCAAAUAUGCCAACAUGUUCUGCUCUGUGUUCCUGCUGGCUGUGAUCAGUCUGGAUCGAAUGGUCUGCAUCUGGUGGCCAGUCUUCACAAAGCACCGACGCACCCUGUCGGCAGCGAGGGUGGUGGCAAUCUGCGUCUGGAUUGCAGCGAUCUUCUUCAGCAUUCCCUACUUCAUCCAUCGACAAACUUACAUAGACAACAACAACCUGACUAAAUGUUCUGUGAACCCAAAAGAGAUGAAUGAGGUGCACAAAAGUACCAAAGUUGCUCUCUAUUCCAUCCGUUUCAUGUGUGGCUUCAUAUUUCCCUUCAUGGUGAUUCUCAUCUGUUACAUCCUGGCUGGUGUGGGCAUCAGACGUACCCGUUUGGUGGCAAAGUCCCGGCCUCUGCGUAUACUAGCAUGUUUGGUCAUUGCCUUCUUCCUGUGCUGGGCACCUUAUCACUGCCUCCAACUGGUGAAAAUGAUCAAUGAUGAUAAUGUUGUGAUAAAAAACUGGUUUUAUGUAGCACAGAGCAUUGCCUACUUUAACAGCUGUGUGAACCCACUGCUGUACUUUUGCAUGGGGCUAAAAUUGAGGGAUGGGUCUAAAAACAGUCUGAUGGGAGUUUAUACAAGGGCUCUGACAGAUGAUACAGGUGGCCAAAUUACUCCUUGCACUGAUCAGUCUUUGGAUUGAAGCUCUGUGUUUACAGCACUCUUGUAAAAGCAGAAAGGA